UUAAGUGAUUAUCAAGAGAUAAAUAUAAAACAUUAAACUAACACCCACCUUUGCAUAUUCAUUCAGCCUUUCCGCUGCUGCUUCUUCUUCUUCUUCCUCUUUCUUGCUCUCCUUUCUCUUCUCUCUUCUCCUCGCUAACCACAUCAUGGAUCCUUACAAGUUUCGUCCAUCAAGUGCUAACAAUUCUCCUUUCUUCACCACAAACUCUGGUGCUCCUGUAUGGAACAACAACAAUUCCCUCACUGUUGGAUCCAGAGGUCCAAUUCUGCUUGAGGACUAUCAUUUGGUGGAAAAGCUAGCAAAUUUUGACAGAGAGCGAAUUCCAGAGCGUGUAGUUCAUGCUAGAGGAGCCAGUGCUAAAGGGUUCUUUGAAGUUACUCAUGACAUCUCUCAUCUCACUUGUGCGGAUUUUCUUCGAGCACCUGGUGUUCAGACUCCUGUUAUUGUCAGGUUUUCUACUGUUAUUCAUGAGCGUGGCAGUCCUGAAACUCUUAGAGACCCUCGUGGUUUUGCUGUCAAGUUUUACACUAGAGAGGGUAAUUUUGAUCUCGUGGGCAACAAUUUCCCAGUCUUUUUCAUUCGUGAUGGAAUGAAGUUUCCUGAUAUGGUUCAUGCUUUGAAACCAAACCCCAAGUCACACAUUCAAGAAAGCUGGAGGAUACUUGACUUCUUCUCACACCACCCCGAAAGUUUGAACAUGUUCACCUUUCUCCUUGAUGAUAUUGGUAUUCCUCAGGAUUACAGGCACAUGGAUGGUUCUGGUGUUAACACGUACACUUUAAUCAACAAGGCUGGAAAAGCACAUUAUGUCAAAUUCCAUUGGAAACCAACUUGUGGGGUUAAGAGUUUGUUGGAAGAUGAUGCCAUAAGAGUUGGUGGCGCAAACCACAGUCACGCCACUCAGGAUCUCUAUGACUCAAUUGCUGCUGGAAACUACCCUGAAUGGAAGCUCUUUAUUCAGAUAAUUGAUCCUCUUGAUGAAGAUAAGUUUGACUUUGAUCCACUUGAUGUGACUAAGACUUGGCCUGAAGAUAUCUUGCCAUUGCAGCCUGUUGGUCGGAUGGUUUUGAAUAGGAAUAUUGAUAACUUCUUUGCUGAGAAUGAACAACUUGCAUUUUGUCCUGCUAUUAUUGUGCCUGGUGUCUAUUAUUCAGAUGAUAAGUUGUUGCAGACUAGAAUUUUCUCUUAUUCUGAUACCCAAAGGCACCGUCUUGGACCAAAUUAUUUGCAACUUCCACCAAAUGCACCCAAAUGUGCUCAUCACAACAAUCACCAUGAAGGUUUCAUGAACUUUAUGCAUAGGGAUGAGGAGGUCAAUUACUUCCCUUCGAGGUAUGAUCCUGUUCGUCAUGCUGAGAAGUAUCCUAUCCCUCCUCCUGUUUUAACUGGAAGGCGUGAAAAGACUGUAAUUCCAAAGGAGAACAACUUCAAACAACCUGGAGAAAGAUACCGCUCCUUUACACCUGACAGGAAAGACCGGUUUAUACGACGUUGGGUUGAGGCCUUGUCUGACCCAAGAGUCACCUAUGAAAUUCGCAGCAUUUGGAUCUCAUACUGGUCUCAGGCUGACAAAUCUUUGGGUCAGAAAAUUGCCUCUCACCUCAACAUGAGGCCAACCAUGUGAUGAUGUUUCUGUUUCUGGUGCUGAGCAGAAGCAAUGUCUCAUAUACUUAAAAUAGUGAUUCCAUCAAAUUCUUAUUGUACCUUAUAUAUGAUAUGUGAUUAAGAAAAAAACAAUGCAGUUUUGUGACACAUACUGAAAAGAGUCUUUGUAAUAAAGAUGUUCUAAUUAUAAUGUGCUGUAUGUGGAUCUAUGUGAUGGUAAUAAGUUUCACGUGAUAUAUUAUUGGAUGGUUA